GGGUCCAACGCUCUUGGCCUUUCGAAAACCACACCCCUGCAACAAAACCAUUUGUUUACCUGGUUGCCAUCCCGUCGCGAAACCCCUACUAAACUUCACGACCACGAACAAUUCGCAGAAUUUCCGCGCACGCCACCAGCAAUCCGCCACUACAGAUUGAAUAAAGAAUGAUAUAUAACAUCUAGACGCCCACCACUACGACACCAGCUCAGCGCCGACGAUACCCGGGAGUGGGCAAACCGCGGCCAUGGAGUCGGAUAACCUGCGCACCGCGUCGGUGUACAUCAACAACUUGCUCUUAUCGCGCGGCCUACUGAAGAAUGGGCAGAACCUCGAUUUCGCGCACCCCGAGCAAGGGGAAGGAGGCUCGGAGGGGACGAUGGGAAGGAUUAUGGGGGUAGUAAAUGAUUUAAUCCUGCGACGAGACCGCGACGCAACCCAGCGCGAAACCCUCUCCAACACCCUCCGCACCCUCCGCGCCGACUCCCUCCGCCAAACCACCGACCUCACCCGCCUCCAAACCAAGCACGCCGAAACCCAACGCAAACUCAGCCUCUCCGAAGCGACCGAGCGGGCACUAAAAGCGCAACUACGCGGCGCGGAAGGCGCGGCGAGGGGACUGCGCGAGGAGAUGGGCAGGAUGCGCGUGCUUGUUGGGCAGGCGAGGGCGCAGUGCGCGAACGAGGUGAGGAAGAGGGAGAGGGUUAUUGAGGGGUUAAAGAAACAUGUUGGGGAGGGGGGGAGGGCGAGGGGGAGCGGGAAGGCGGUGGGUGUUGCGACUGUUACGAUAGUGGCGGGGGUGGGGGGGGAGGGGGGGGAAGGGGCGCUGGUGGGGGUGGGGGAGAGUGAUUAUGAUUUGAGGCAGGAGACGAAUGAGUUUUUGACGGAGCUGGCGAAGGGGUUGAGUGAGGAGAGCGAGAAUUUGGGGAUGUUGCUUAGGACGACGGUGGAGAGUUUGAAGGCGCUUUCGGGGUGGGAGGGGGAGGAAGAAGGGGGGAGGGGAGGGGAGUUGGUGAUUAGUGUUGAUGAUAGUUAUGAGAAUGUGGCGGCGGAGAUUGAUUCGGUGAUUGAGCAUCUCCGGACGCUGUUGACGAAUCCGAGUUUCGUGCCACUUGAGGAGGUGGAGGUGCGCGAGGAUGAGAUAAUUCGGCUGAGAGAGGGCUGGGAGAGGAUGGAGUCGAGGUGGAGGGAUGCGGUGAGGAUGAUGGAUGGGUGGAGGAAGAGGAUGGCGACGAGUGGGCAGACUGUUAAUCUGGAGGAGCUGAAGGCUGGGUUGGAGCUGAGCCCGGUUAAGGACUUGAGCGGCAAGGACCAGAAUACCCAGGACUUGGAAGAUGGCUAUGAAGAGGGCGAUACGCAGGCUGAUAUCGAUGCCAUGGACGACUCGCAGGUUCCGGGUGGAGAGGAUAUAACGCCAGACUUGGAUGAGAUGAGCGAUGCCAGCUCAUUUGAAGAGGAGCCUGAAGACUUCGUUGUGGAGCCGACACCCCAAAUAACGGCGCCAUCCGUGCAAGCAGCAAAGCCUGUGGAAGCUGAGAUCACAGACCAAAGACCGAAACGAAGCGGGCGCGAAGCGCGAACCGAGCUCAGCAGCAGCCUCAACACACAAGAAGAUAACAAGAAGAAGCGCAAACUCGACCCUCAAGCCCCUCCAAGCUCUACCUCGCGUGUUUCGAAACCAAGAACCGAUAGUAGCUCAGACAUCAGCACCUCACGCCGCGCACCAGCACCACGCAAAGAGCAAGUCGUCGAAAGACAACAACCAGAGCCAGAAAUGGCUCCCUCAUCCUCCCCCGGCCCACCACCACAACUCUCGCCCCUCCGCCCAAUCCCCGACCCCAACCACAGGCGCAAAAGCGAAUUCACAACCAUCGUCGAGGAAAACACCUGGGACUUCGCACAAAUGGAUCGUUCCUCCACCGAUCCCGUCCCGUCAUCCGACGAGAUCUCCCUCCUCAAAACAUCGCGCCACGACGCACCACCACCGACGACGACCGAGACAUCAGCCCGCCAAGCUUCUGCUGCUGCUUCCACACCACUGAAAUUAACGGGCGCUUCGAGACUUCCGAGGCCGGCUUCGGCGAUGGCGCAGGAGAGCCCGCUCACGAUGGCGAGUAUAGCGGCGAAAUUGGCGGCGACGGAGCGGGAGGCGGAUGCGGCGCGUGUGAGGGCGAAGUUGAAGGCGGCGAAGUUGAGUUCUGCGGCUGCGGCGACGAAUUUGGCGCCGCCGAGGAGGAGUGGAGAGGAGGGGGAGAGGGAGAGGGAGCCGGUGAAGGGGGGUGGGGAGAUGGUGGAGGAGGAGGCGCCGAGGAAGAGGAAGGCGAGUAGCAGGAUGGGGGGGAGGGCGAGUAGGAGGAGGAGUACGUUGAGUCCGUGGGAGUUGGAGAGUUUGAUUUUGGGGGGGGUGGGGGAGGGUGCGGGGAAGUGA